AUGGCGGAGAAGGACAAUGCAGCGGAACUGCUAGAGCAGCAUCCGGACGAUGCGGAUGACCUUGAGCCACAGGACGAGGACCAGCUUGAGGAGCAUCAAGGCGAGGAUGGCAGCGGAGACCAGUGGGACCUAGGUCAAGAAGCCGACGCUGAUUUUGGCGUUGAGUCCCAGGACGAGGAGAUGAAUGGGGAUGGUGAAGGGGAGGAAAUUGACUAUCCAGAAGACGGUGCUGGCGACCAGGCUGAGCUUGCAGGGGCAUCCCAGGAGGAGGCUGAGCAAGUUGAAGCUGAUGCCAAUUGCACGGAGGAGACAGGCAAGGAUGCAGAUCAGGAGCAGCACAAGGAGGCUGCCACGCAGAAUGGGGACGCUCAGAAAGAAUUCAGGACACCCCAGAAGGCAAAGAGGCAGAGCGAGCCUUCGCCGCCUCAGGAGUGGGAACUCUUUGGGGAAAUUCCCCCACGCAUGCUGCCCUCCCCUCUCAUCAAGGUGGUGAAUGUGCCAGGCAAGAGCGUGCCGGACAUCAAUGAGGAUUCUCUUCGCACUCUGUUGGAGGCGCAGGGCCUCAGCGUGCACAGCAUUGCCUUCGACUCACCAGGCGGAUCCGACACCAAGCGCUUUGCCUACGUGCGCCUGACGCCCCAGCCGCCGCCAUGGCUGGCCAAAUCCGAGCCUGCUGCAGAGGAGGCUGCAAAGGAGCCGGAGGGUGAAGAAGAGAAGAAGGAGGGGGACGAAGAAAAGGGCCGGUCUUCGCGCAAGCGCAGCCGGGGAAACGGCUUCGGCGGCAGCGGCGGGCAGUCUAUAGAGUCGCUGGCGGAGGCGGCUGUGCGGAAGCUGAAUGCUGUGGAGCCCAAGCUGGAGCUGGCUGGCCAGACGCUGCAGUUCAUCGCCCACCGCGAGCAGGUGACGCUGUUCAUUGGCAACCUGACGGAGGAGUGGCAGGACGUGGACCGGCUGGAGAAGGACCUGGGGCAGCAUGGGCAGGUGGAGCGAGCCUUCAUCGCCUACAACGCCCAGGGAGAGUCCAAGAACUACGGUAUAGUGGAGUUUGCGGUGCCGUACAUGGCUUUGAAGGCCAAGCGCGCGCUGGACGACGUGGAAGCUUCCAUGCGGCCCGAUACCAGUCGCCGCGCCGAGCGCGAGGCCGGCGGCCGCGUCGAGCAGGUCAAACUGCUGCGCUCCGAAUUCGCCGCCAUCAAGAGCGUGCAGAGCCAGUUCUCACGCACCCUCUUUGUCUCCAACCUUCCCCAGAAGUACAAGGACGUGAGGGAGCUGCGCUCAAUCUUUGAGGAGUUCGGCGGCAUCUCAGACAUCAACAUCCCCGUCAAUCAAAUGACUCAGCAGUCGCGCGGCUUUGCCUUUGUGGAGUACAAACGCAGCGCCUACGCCGAUGCUGCGUAUAGGUUCUUCUGCGCCAAUCCGGAGCACAAGACGCUGGGCAAGCUGCUGACCGCCGGGGGGCCGGCGGUGGCGGCCGGCCGUUCAACGGUGGCGGCGGCGGCGGGGGGUUCAAUCGUGGCGGCGGCGGCGGCCGGCCGGGCGGCGGGUUUGGCGGCCGGCCGGGCGGCGGGUUCGGCGGCCCGAUGGGCGGCCGUGGCGGGCCGCCACUCGGCGUUGGACCGGGCGGCUUUGGGGGCCCUGUGGGUGGCCCGGGCAUGCGUGGAGAUGCAGCAGAUCCAGAUGCAGCGGCAGGUGCAGGCGCAGGUGCAGCGGCAGAUGCAGGCUCAGCAGGCCACGCUGCAGGCGCAGCUGCGCGCUGCCCAGCAAGCCGCCCAGCAGGCCCAGCAGCAGGCCGAGCAGUUCCAGCGCGCAGCCACCCAGGCGCAAGCCAAGGCCGCGGUGGAGGCAGAGGCGCGCAAGCGAGCAGAGGAUGAGGCGCGGCGGGCGGCUGCACGCAUCCGCUCCCCGGGAUCCACCAGCACUGCAUACAAGCGCCAGCCACCCGUCCUCAAGGGCGGCCGAGGAGGGGGACGCAUGGGAGCAGGGAACGCCGCGGGCUUCCAGGCCGGCAUGGACACGGCCGGCGCGGCGACAGCCGCCGGCGGCUACGGGGCCGACGCAUCCGCGGCGGCCACUUACGGGCCGCAGGCCGGUUACGGGGAUGUUACGGGGCAGGCUGCGGCAGGCUACGGGGACGCCAGUCAGGGCGCAGCCGCUGCCGCUUAUGCUGCACAAGCCAGCCAAGGCUAUGGACAGGCCGCCUACGGAGCGCAGACCAGUUACGGCGACCAGUCAGGUUACGCUGCUUAUGGAGCAGACAAGCAGGACCCAGCUACCGCAGCAGCAUACGCAGGGUACCAGGGCUACGGUCAGACGGCGGACGCCAGCGGGUACGGGCAGGGUGCGGCCGACGCGAGCAAUUACGGAAACUACACGAGCGGCUACGGCACCACCACAAGCACUGGCUACGGGCAGGACGCCGCAGCGGCCAGCGCGGCCUACUCUGGCUACGGCGCUACCGCUGCGACCGGCGCAUCUGCCGGCUAUGGCAGCCAGGGGUAUGAUGCAAGCGGAGGCUAUGGAUCGGCCGCGUACGGGGCGCAGGGCGGCGGCUACGGGCAGCAGGCUGCGGGCUAUGGAACCGAGCAGGCUACAGGCGGCGGCUACGGCGCACAGGCCGGCUACGGACAGCAAGCCAACUAUGGGCAGCAGCCGGCUCAGGCCGACUAUGGCGCGGUUGGCCAGAAGAGGGAUGCCUCUGGUUACGACGCCGCCACUGCAGCACAAUAUGGAUACGGCGGAGUCUAUGGAGCACAGACUGGAGGUAACAAUGCCAAGCGCUCCCGCUUCUGAGCAGCUGCUUGCCAGCACAGCAGGAGGGCCCAACGGCAGGACCGGUGACUGGCUUGCUGACAACCUGCAUCGGAAAGUUCUAACAGGUGAGUGCAGGCAGCAGUAAGCAGCCCUGCAUGUCACAGGUGCAAGAGGUAUCGGCUUCAACAGAAGACAGCAGUCUGCUUUGCAGAGUGUCCCUCUGGCGGCCGAUCGGCACCCAAUCAAGAUGAUCUUGUGGGCAAGGAGUGCUGCUAGCCCGUCUUUGUUGUGUCCCCUUGCAAGGGGCAGAUUGCCCCUUUGGAUGGAGCAGAAGACAGGACAAGUUCCUUUGCCUUGUGGAUGAACGUGCGGAGUGCACAGUUGGACCUUGAGAGAGCGAAUGAGCACCCUGACUGAGCAACGUCUCUUCAAGUGCCUGGAGAUCAGCAUAGCUUGUGCAGCAGAGCUUGCAGCUCUUUUGACUUGGGAGGAAUCACACAACCUUGGCAGAGAUGGCUGCAUAGUAGUGUUUAUACAGCAAUUGCAGCACCUAGUGUUCAUACAGCAAGUCAGGAGGCAGAUAACUCCUGACAGAUUUGCCGCGAGAUAUCUUUGAUUGAAAGGUGUACCUAGAUCCAUAGCAGUCUGGGAGCAAGUCGAUCUGCUAAUGCGCAAGAUUUGUUUUUGCGAUUGUCAUGACACCUGCACUUACUAGAGGCGCCGCAGAUGGACUGCCCACGUUUUAUUCCUGAGAUAUGCGAGUGCUAGUUCGAUUCUAAAAUCCUGUGCUGGGUGUUGGGUCUUGACAACCUUUGUAAUUAUCUCUGGGAUGC